UGUCAGAGCUAAAAGUGUCUUUCUAGUCAGGUUAUCACCAUGGCCCAAAACGCCGACGGAAAAAUUCAGAACAUCUUCAAAGUGCUCAUCAUCGGUGAUAGUGGAGUCGGAAAGUCGUCACUUCUGCUUCGGUACGCGGACAACAUGUUCCCAGUGCAACAUCAGAUCACGGUUGGAGUAGACUUCAAGAUACGGACCAUCACAAUCAACGGCGAGCGCAUCAAGCUGCAAAUUUGGGACACGGCCGGCCAGGAACGGUUCCGACUGAUCACCAACAGUUACUACCGAGGUGCGCACGGAGUAGUGGUGAUGUACGAUGUUACCAACAUGCGAUCGUUCCAGCACGUCAAACGGUGGCUGCAGGAGAUCGAGGCCAACUGUGCUGGUGGUGAAAUUUGCAAACUGCUAGUUGGGAACAAGAACGACAAUCCCCAACGGAAGAGGGUACCGCCGAAGGAUGCCCAAGCGUUGGCCGAUAUGCAUGGGAUGGAGUUCAUCGAAACGUCCGCCAAGGAAUGCUAUAACGUGGGAAAAGUGUUCACGACGAUUGCCAAGCUGAUGCUGCGGCAACAGAUGGAAGAGGAAGGAAAGGAGUGGAUUUAUAAGGCCGAAGAAUCCAUCAUCGUUGGAGGAAGUGAUCCCAGAGUCGAGAAGCUUAAGAACCCGGGUGUUUGCUGUUAGAAAUUGGUUCGAGUGCGCGGGUUUAACAUAUACGAUGUUCAUUUAUGUUACUUUUUAGAAUAACCAAUUGGAGGAUGAUUUCUAACAUAAUGUGGUAGAGACAUUAGAAAAUACUUCGAAAAUUAUGUACCCCGAGAUAGUUUUUUUUUCACAAAUGACUUAUUUAAGUUAUU